UGCAUCCUAAAGGCUUGAACCAAGUUUGAAUAAGCCAAGUUCUUCAAGACAGCACAGAUGGCCUCCUCUCAACUUCAUCUCACUCUCUCCCUGCUCUGUUUGGCCAUGACAGCUGGCAUCAUAUCAUGCGGCCGGUCUCAUAUGGUUCUGAACCCUGCUCUAGAAGAAUCUCGAGGCACAGCAGCAGAUGAAGAGAUGACUGAGAGAUACACCCUUCCAGAGCUCCAGUGGCUACUCAGUAACUCUGAUCCGGCAGUCAUCCAGUCUGACAGUCAAUCUCUAGGGUUAUUACAGAAUGGCCUGGACCUGAUGAGAAGAGACAAUGGAGACAAAAAGCCAGGCUGCAAGAAUUACUUCUGGAAAUCCAGAACAGCAUGCUAACCAAAGGCAACCGUCAGAUCUAAACCUAGGCCUCUUCCAAAAUUGACACGCUGCCGGUCAUAUUCUUAUUGGCUUUGAAUCAAUGAAAUGCCUCAGUAAAUAAAAUAUUUUCUGUCACUAUUGUA